CCUUGAAGGGUUUGCUCUCAGCAGAACCAUUGUGGUUCUGUUGUGCACAGUGGAGUCAGGGUAUGUGCUCUUCCCCCACCCACUGCCAUGUGAUUCAGCAUCCAGCUUGGUGUUGUCUCCAUGUAUCAGUGUGCAGGUGGAGCAGGGACAGAAGAUCUGCUGCUACAUGGAAUCUUUCACUGGGAUGGGCAUGAAGUAGUUUCCAUGGAGCAGCUCCACAGACUUGUGGAAUAGAUGUUUCCAUCUCAUGUACUGCAUAGUUACUUGGGUAGGGCGGUGAGUGCCGAGCAAAGGAUUUUGUACUCUGUGUAGAUGAAUCAGAACUUGCAGAAUCCUUUCUGCUGACAAUAAUGGUAACAAGACUCUUUAGAGUGAUGGUCAUCCAGCUUUUUUGCUCUGUGGACAACUUCACAAGAAAAAGAAUCCUCUUAUGGAUCAUCCCCCACCUCCCAAACCACUUCUUAAAAUGUUCCUUGAUUGUGGGUUACUAAGAAGGGCUCCAUGAGUCAGAGAACUUUUUUUUUUAAUUGAAAGGUUUUGGGAAGUAUUAUUCCAUGUCUCAAUGAAUUCAAAGAUGACACAUGUGCCAUGUUUACUGAUUGUAUCUUCCUAGAAAUUAUUACUUUGAACUUAACCUAGAGUGUAAUGCCUGUUAUUUUGAAUAACAUAAGGUGGAGGAUGGAAUGAAAGUCCAGGUAGUUAUCAUUGGAUGGGCAUGCACAAUCUUGUGCUCGGUUUCGUACACUGCUGCCUUCUCCCAUGGUGCGAGUCUUUCCGCCUGUGGUGACAUGACGCCCAAACAUAUAAGAGCUCAGCUUCAGAAUCCCCGGAACAACUACAUCACUCUCCACACCAAUAUGUCCUUCUACUUUCCAGGUGAUAAGGUACCAGUGACAGUGAGGAGCUCUCGGGAUUUCAUGGGCUUUUUGCUUCAAGCUCGCAGGGUAUCUAAUGAUCAAGUUGCUGGAACUUUUGUUUUCAUUCCUCCGGGUUCCAAACUGCUGACUUGUUUUGAAGAUGGUGAUUCUGUAACCCAUUCUGACAAGUCACUGAAGAGAAACCUGUCAUUUGUGUGGAAGGCACCUGCCCAGCCCAUUGGAGACAUCAAGUUCUUUUUAUCGGUAGUCCAGUCAUAUUUUGUUUACUGGGUAAGGAUUGAAUCUGCUAUUGUGUCCCACCAAAUACAAAACAGAACACCUGCUGCUAGUAGCAAGAAGUCCAGCACUAUAAUGCCAACACCACUGCAGAAACCUACUGAUCUAAAAGUAACAGUUACAGCAAGCAAAGGUUCUGCUACACCCAACAGUAUUACUGUCUUUACUCAGUCUGCAAAAUUUAUGCCUGCCAGACUGACUAGAAUUGCAGUGACAAAAGUACUGGAGCCUGCUUUUGGAAGCAGACAAGACACAGAACAACUUGAUAAAGGAAAGCAACAGUCUGAGACCUCUGUGGAUUCAGUAGCCUUGAGGGUCAGCAGCAGACAUGGAGGAGGGCAAGCCAACAGAAGCAGCAUCUACAGUGAUCAAAGUCUGGAGCCAUCACUUGAGUUUCAAGGGUUGGACAUGGCGAACAUCUUGCGAAGUUUCAUUUUACAAGCUUAUACCUCCAGCCCCAGCACACCUGAUGGGUACUGUGUGAACAGUGAAUGUAAUGUACUGAAUAUGAAUACAACUACUUCUCCAAAAGUUAUGGAAGGAGUAAAUUACAGACAAGACACAGAACAACUUGAUAAAGGAAAGCAACAGUCUGAGACCUCUGUGGAUUCAGUAGCCUUGAGGGUCAGCAGCAGACAUGGAGGAGGGCAAGCCAACAGAAGCAGCAUCUACAGUGAUCAAAGUCUGGAGCCAUCACUUGAGUUUCAAGGGUUGGACAUGGCGAACACCUUGCGAAGUUUCAUUUUACAAGCUUAUACCUCCAGCCCCAGCACACCUGAUGGGUACUGUGUGAACAGUGAAUAUAAACAAAAUAUAUUAAACUUAUCCCUCCUUUUCCAAUAUUUUAGACCACCAAGCAUCUCAGGUGCUUCCACAUCACAACUGUGUUUGACAUGUAAGGAAGAUAUACAGGAGGUUGCUGUGAAUUCCAACCAGGAGAUGACAAAACCUGUGUUGCAUGCUACUGCUUCACUUUCCACCCAGUUUUGGUACACUUACCUGCUUGCAGUUCCAGGCACAACGUCACAGCAUAGAGAUAGGGAAGCUGACUUGGAUGUCUCCAACAGUUUAUCAUCAGCUUCAAGGCAGAUGGCAGAGAGGCGGUCAGUGACACAGAAGGCUUCAGCAAACUUCUUGCUGCAGUCAGAACAUGCAGUUUCCGGCGAGGAGGAGGAGAACCAAGAGGAGGUUACUGGAAAUACACUUCCAUGGGUGACCAGACCCAUGCCUGAUGCUGCUGUUCCUGGGAAAGGAGCAGAACACCCCAGAAAAGGGGGACAAUUCAUAGCAGCCCAACUUGGCAUUCUCCUUGGCUGUACAGCUGCCCUCGGCAUGGCCCUGGCUGCUGGGCUGCGCUGCAUCCAUGCCCAGUAUUGUCACAAGCGAACAGAAGUGUCCUUUAGUGAACCAGACAAUGAUGUCAUCACAAUGAGAGAGGGUGGGGAGAUGAUGCAAUUCAGGAAGAUACGGGAAAACAGCUUUGUGCUGGUGCAGGCCGAGUACAACUGGAUCAGCCCAUCAGGCAGUGGAAAAAAGACAGUCAUCUAAAAAUACCUGCAAAUCCCACAUAGUGCUUUAUAGAUUAGGUAGCGUCGUAUGUAGGGCAGAUGGUAAAAAUUAAUUGGAAUGUCUAACGUGAAUACAGGAAGCUGUUGUAGUGUAGCUCCUAUAUAUAACCAUCUCAGUAAAUAUACUCCAACUGAAAAAUGAUGGAAGUAGAUACAUGUUCUGAUCACAGUACAAAUGCAUGCAACUCAGUUACAGAUGUUAUGAAAAUUAGAUGUUCUAAAUUACAGAUGCUAUGAAAAUAUAAGUAGACGUAUUGUUUAAAGUAUUACACUUAACAUAAUAAAUAUUGUAUAGCUACUCAUUAACUGUGUUAUUGUAGCCAUUACAUUUCCUUUGUUGCCUUAAGGUAUAAUCAAAAAUAGAAAUUCUU